AUGGGAAAGCUAAGCAAACUGGAUUCAUUCAUGAAAGCAGUAAGAGGAUCCUACCACAGCAGCGGCGGCGGCCACCACCAGAUCCAAACCGCCGCCGCCCCGAAAUCCGAGGAGCAAAAGUUCAAAGCGCUCCUCCAAUCGAAGGAGAAGGCGGUGAAGCUCCACUUCUACAUCCAGGACGCCCUCGGCGGCCCCAACGCCACCGUCUCGGAGGUGGCGCGUUCCGAUAUGACGGCGGCCUCCGCCGUCUCCUUCGGCCAGGUUAGGGUUCUCGACGAUCUGAUCACGGCGGAGCCCGAUCGGAACUCGGCGAAAUUAGGCCGGGCUCAGGGGAUGAUCACCUUCACCGGCCUCGACGAGGCGGCGCUCACCAUGAAUCUGAACUUUUACUUCACCGCCGGCGAGUACAGCGGCAGCAGCCUCUGUAUUAUUGGGAGGAAUCCGAUCAACAGCACCAACCGGGAGCUGCCGGUCGUCGGCGGAACUGGCCGGUUCCGGCUGGCGCGUGGGUACUCGAUCUCCAACACUUAUUCUUACGAUGCGGUGGCGAAUUACGGCGUUCUGGAGUACACUGUGUACGUGGCAUAUUACGAGGAUGAAGAUAUUAAUACUCAAAUUAAUUCCUCUAAGUGA